AUGGUCUGGGACACCCUGCUGCCUACAUCUCAUGAGUCGAUGCUUUGCUUUGGUCCUCUUCAUGGUGUGGUGCUCCAGCUGGAUGAAAUUGACAUUCCAGCUCAGAAGGGGCCUGCAGCUGUUGGGCCAGCGAAGGUAAGGGCGAUCGAGGAUGCCCCAGUGCCACAGUCAAAGCAGGAAUUGCAGGCAUUUUUGGGACUGCUGAAUUUCUAUCAUUCAUUUUUGGAACAUAAGGCCACUGUAGCAGAGCUGCUGCAUCGCUUAUUAGAUAAGCAGACAGUGUGGCAGUGGACAAGUCAGCAUGAGGAAGCAUUUCAGAACAUAAAAAAAUUGUUGUCAUCAGAAAGUGUACUGGUUCAUUUUGACAAAAGGAAGCCACUAAUCUUAACGUGUGAUGCCUCCCUGUAUGGAGUGAGAGCAGUGUUGAGCCACAAGUUGGGGGAUCUGUGGGAAGCUCCAAUUGUGUAUUAUUCUAGAACUUUGUCUACAACUGAGCGAAAUUCACAAAUAGAUAAGGAAGCAUUGGCAAUAGUGGCUGGGGUCAAGAAAUUCCAUGAUUAUGUGUAUGGGUGGCCUUUUGUUAUUGUGACAGAUCACAAACCAUUGUUGGGAUUAUUUUCAUCAGAGCACCAGACCCCACAGAUAUUGUCCCCCAGAAUGCUUUGGUGGGUGAUGUUUCUGAAUGCAUAUGAUUAUGUCUUGCAGCAUCAGCCAGGGAGGAAGAUUAGUCAUGUAGAUGCGCUGAGUCGCUUACCAGGACAAAGGGAGGUGGAAGACCACUCCCCACCUCUAGAGAUUUUAAUGUUGGAAUCAUUACCUGAGCCUCCAGUGCAAGUGGAAGAAAUAGCCGAAAAGUCAGUUAAGGACCCUGUGAUUGCUCUGGUAUUUGACUGGGCAUGGAGGGGUUGGCCAUUGGGAAAGCUAGAGGAAAAAUUCAGACCAUUUGAAAUAAGACAGCAUGAGAUAUCUGUUCAUAAGGGUUGUUUACUGUGGGGAAAUAGGGUGGUGAUUCCAUCAACCUUGAGAAUUAGGGUGUUGGAGGCCUUACAUGUGGGGCACCACGGGAUAGUGAGGAUGAAGGCAUUGGCCCAUAGCUAUGUUUGGUGGCCUAAGAUUGACAGUGAAAUAGAAGAAUGGGUGGCCAGAUGCAGGGAGUGUCAGAUUACAUGGCCUGCACCAUCACAGGCCCCCAUUCAUCAGUGGGAAUCAACAAAACCGCGGGUCAAGUUAUUGCUGACAUUGAUUUUGUAUGGUCCCUUUUAUGGUCAGAUUUUCCUUAUUGUAGUGGAUUCAUAUUCCAAAUGGUUAGAAGUAGUGCCAGUAAUGUCAAUGACAUCACAUACAGUGAUCAGGGCACUGCGUAAGCUAUUUACAAUCCAUGGUCUCCCAUAUACUGUGGUAUCACAUAAUGGGGCAUCAUUUGUGUCUGAGGAAUUUAGGGCAUUUUUGGCAGACGGCAUUAUUCGCCAGGUUACUUCAGCCCCUUUCCACCCAGCCACCAAUGGACAGGCAGAGAGGAUGGUAUGUACAACAAAGAAUGCCUUGAAGCGAAUAGUAGAGGGGUAUUGGCAUCGUCGGUUGGCAAACUUUUUGUUGACGCAGCACAUAACACCGUGUACAGCCACAGGGAGAAGUCCUGCAGAACUGCUGAUGAAUCGGAGGCUUACAACGUUGUUGGACCGGAUGCAUCCCGAUUUAGUUGAUGAGCAACCAAAGAAAGAGGACCAAGUGCUGAAAGCGCCUCGGACAUUUGAGAGGGAUGACACUGUAUAUAUUAGGAACUAUGGAGCAGGCCCUUGUUGGGUUCCGGCAGUAGUGAGGCAGCCGACAGGACCACUGUCAUAUAAGGUGGUAGUAGAUGAUGGGCGGGUGAUCCGCAGACAUGUGGAUCAAGUGAGGAAAAGGGUGUCAGGCUCAACAGUAGCAGAAGCAGUAGAUCAGGGAGAUGAGCAGAAAAGGAGUGAGGCCCAAGAUGGAGAUCAGGGUAGGGCAAGAUGGAGAUCAGGGGUCCCAGGUAAUCGAGGAACCAAGGGUGGCACCCAUGCCGAAUGCAACUUAGAGUGA